AUGAGUUUCUCUGUCAUAAAGAACCCCUGUGGCACAAGCAGUCGUCACCAAGCUAUUCUGGACUGGGCAGCAAGUCUUCCGGAGGAUCUUGUGUUUACUAUUCUGGAUAACCUAUUCGAACCCAUUGACCAUGUUCAUUUGGCUGCAGUCUGCAAGCUUUGGCCUUCCCUUGCCAAAUGCUACAAUCGUUCAACACAUCGCUGGCCUAAGCUACUCCCUCCCAUGCUCAUGUUCCCGAUUAGUUUUAGUACUACUCCAUGGGUACUUUAUAGCCUAUCUGAAGGAAAAAUUUACGACAACAUUAACAUAAGAUGUACAAUGCCUGGUUUUGGUAGUCUCAUGGCUAACAGAUGCAAUGGCUGUGGCCAGGGUUGGUUGGCCACAGUAGAUGAUCAACUGGCUGGACUUCCUGUUCUAAAGCUCAUAAACCCUUUCAGAAAAGAAAUCAUUCCUGUGAAUCGCAUCGGAUGUCCCCUCGUCAUGAGCUCUAAGCCAAAUGAGUUCCCAAAGCUGAUCUUGUAUGGCGAUCCCACACUAGAAGGGGACAACAUGCAGCUUUAUGGUAAAGUCUACGCAGUUGACAAGAAUUUUGGAAGAAUUGUGUCGUUUGAUGUUAACAGAUGCAGUUCUGGUAUGUCACGAAGGCCAAAGAUACACAAUACUAGUGGUAUGUGCCAGAGUUCUCAAUCAUGUCUUGUGGAAUCAACUAAAGGAGAGCUUUUGCACGUUCGAAGAUUUUCAACACUACGGAUAGAAAGGAAUCAAGGGGCAAUGCCUUUCACUCACACCUUCAAGGUUUACAAGUUGGUGUUCGAUGACACCGGAUCCAUUGUGAAGCAGGUCGAGUUAAAAACCAUUGGAGAUGAGACUCUGUUUGUUGGUGACAGUCGAUCAAUGUCUGUUUUGGCCUCGAGUUUUUCUUGGUGCAAACCGAACUCCAUAUAUUAUACAAAGCGAUUCGUUGACUCUGGAUGA